AUGGCUCUCCUGGACCAGAAGCAGCCAGACGCCUGGUUGUACCCGCAAAGUCACCAGUUCGCCUACCAGUACGAACAUACCACAACGGCAAUCAAGCCUACCAUACCGGCGACGCCUGCUCCAGCCCCCAUGAAGCAGGUGAUCAGUGGUAACUAUCUUAGCGAGGCCAAUCGGCAAGUUGAAGCUCUUUCUAAAGCCAUUGGACAAGAUGACGCCACGCGAGAGAAGCUGCUAUACGCCUUGAAGUUUUCCGGGGGAGAAUGGUGUCAAGAUGCCAUACCACAAAAGCUGGACACAUCGGCCUGGGUUUCCGAUGUGAGCAAUGACCACUCGCCCUUUGAGUACUCAUUGGCUCUGUCCCAGCAGACUGGAGCAUCUGAGCUGCGGUUCUUGAUCGAGGCUCAGCCCAAAGAAAACAGCCUAGCCGCCCUCCAAGAAAGAACCUCACGCUUGACCGAAGAUAUAGGGACAGAGUACGGCCCCACAAAGGUCUCCCUGGAUCGCCUGAAUCUCGUCCGAGACCUGUUCCUCCCCUCAGACCCCGAGUGUAAGCUGGCCCAAUGGCACAGCUUUGUUACCUCAAGUACACUGGAAAAGUGGAAGAUUUACCUGAGUCCACUAGCCUCCGGGAGGCAAAACGCCCUCAACGUGACCCGAGAAGCGCUAGAGCGUCUGGGACUAGCCAGGUCUUGGAAGUUACUGGAGAACAUGAUGUCUGACGACGACUAUCCCAUCUACUUCUCACUUGGGUUGUCGCCGAACCCAGAAGAGGCCGAAGCCAAGGUCUACGUUGCACACCCUGGCGCGUCUGCGACGCAAAUUGCAGAAAAGCAUGCCAAAAUGGAUCCCAAUUCCAGUGUCCAGGACAUCGAGCAGUUCUACUCGAUUAUGGCUGGUGGCUCGCUUGGGCCGUACCGUGGUGAACCUGGGGUAUCCUGUUUCCAUUUCAAGAAUAAAGACCCAUCUCGGCCAGUGGCCCGUACAGUUCUCUACCCAAUGUGCUGUCACGCAGCAAAUGACGCCCAAGCGCAGGAUCGCAUCGAAAUUUACAUGGAUGCCAUUUCUGCGCCUCAGCUUUACCGAGAGAGGUAUAGAAAUGCCAUUAGCGCGGUACAGCGCCGGCCGUUGGAGGCUGGUCGUGGUAUCCAUAGCUGGGUUGGUAUGAAGGAGAAGGUAGACGGCAAACGGUCCAACACGUUCUAUCUCUCAGCUGAACUGUAUGGAUGUCUUGGUGAUGACGCCUCGAAUGGUGGCUGCUGA